CAAAAUAUCCUAAAAUUGAAAUGUUUGAAGCAAAAGUUGCAAGCGCCUUGGUCCUCAAGAAGAUCAUUGACUCCAUCAAAGAUUUGGUUACUGAGGUAAAUCUAGACAUUACUUCUGAAGGAAUUGGGCUCCAAGCCAUGGAUUCCUCCCAUGUUGCCUUGGUAUCUUUGAUGCUGCACCAGAAAGGAUUCUGUGAUUAUAAUCUUGAGAAACCUACAACUAUAGGAAUCUGCAUUACAAAUCUUGCUAAGGUUAUGAAAUUGGCUAGUAAUGAUGAUGAAAUCACCCUUGGCUUAGCAGAUGAUCCAACCCAUUUGAAAGUAACUUUUGUGAACAGAAAGCAAGAGAAGAAGACCCAGUUUGAUUUGAACUUACUCACUCUUGACUCAGAACACCUUGGAAUUCCUGACACUAACUAUACAAGUGAGAUAAUGAUGAACUCAUUCGAGUUUUCCAAAUUAAUCAAAGAGUUGAAUACUCUUUGUGAUACAGUCACUAUCGAAACUACCAUUGAGUAUGUCAGAUUCUCUCUUGAGAGUGACGUAGGAAUCGGCAACAUUCAGAUCCAAACAAGUGAGCCAAAUGAGAAGAAGGAAGAUGGAGCAGAAGAUCCUAAAGACGAUGCCCCUGUAGUUCAAAGUUUCGCCCUUAAAUACCUCAACAUGUUCAAUAAAGCAUCGUGCCUUUCCAACUCUGUAAAGCUAAUGAUGGCUGCUGAGACUCCUCUAGUAGUUGAAUUUGAGAUUGAAGAUCUUGGUGAGUUGAAAUAUUAUCUUGCUCCUAAAGUAAACCAAGAUACUUCAAAAGAUUAA